AUGGGUCCCCGUAUCUCUGUCGUACUGCCCUUAAUGGGCACCCUUGCUAUGGCCCAAGAGUGUCAUUUCCCACGGCAUAACUUCAUCGCGACCCGCCAGUCUGAGCUGGACUUUUUGUCGCAAAACUGCACCACGCUGGUUGGCAAUCUCCUGAUAGGGGCCAAUUUUUCGGGGCCGCUUCGUCUGCCCCAUAUCACCAAUAUCACUGGAAAUAUCCGCGCCGACGAGGAAAAUCCCGAGGCAACGACGGAGAUGUCGUCGAUUGAGAUGCCGGAUCUCGAGUAUCUCGGUGGGUCGAUGUCCUUGGUAGAGACCCCUAGAGUACGGAACGUGUCUAUGCCUCGGCUGGUAUCCUUAACCAGUCUGUCGUUGGCACAACCGGAGGACUCUGUGGUGGACUUUUCGUCGCUGAGGAAUGUCAAUUAUUCGAUGAGUUUGAGCGGGAAUUACACGAGGAUGUCAUUUAAUGCAUUGCACACAGUCAACUCAACACUGCAACUCAGCACUGUCAAAAAAGGCCAUAAUCCCGGCAGGUCGAAGUACGCCCUCGAUCUGAGUCGGACUUUUGACUCGCUGGAACUAGUAGGGGGGGGGAUCUUUGUGUAUGGCGCAGCAACCAAUAUAUCAUUUCGUCGACUGUCUUCCGCCGGAUUAAGUCGCAGCGGCCUUUAUGCAAUCAACAUUGAUCUGGACAAAACCCCUACAGAAAUCAACUUUCCGAGACUAACCUUCCUGGCUGGUAGAGUGAGCAUGGCGGGGCAUUUCACAAGUGUCCAUAUGCCUUCUCUACGCUAUCCAGCUGCAGACGUAAUCCUUAACGCUAGGAGUCCACUCAACCUGACCCUCCCGUUCGUGAACGCCAGUGAAAUCCACCUAUCUGGGAGUCUUGAAAGCGUAUCUCUUCCAAACCUCAAAUCCUUCAAAGAUCUAGCAAUCAACUCCGACCUCCAUUUAGACUGUGCUGCAUUGACCGAGUCUGCGAAACACAUCUUGAACGGGACAGUCCGAUGUGUUUCGAGCGGUGAGGCGAGCAGUGAGUCCAAUGACAAGGGGUUAUCGACAGGCGAGAAGGUAGCUAUUGGGGUUGUGGUUGGCGUGGUGGGUCUUGGGAUCGUGAUGCUGGGGAGUCUACUGUGGAUUCGCAGGCAGGGGAAGAAGAGGAAGGGUGUGGUUGUGAAUACGGUGGAAAUGAAUCCAAGGGAGCCGCCUCCACCGUAUACUUCUUAA